GGGAGUCUAUGACAAACAUCCAACUCUGCUUCCAAGUCACGAUAACCAUCGAAAUCGCUAUUCAUACUUCGCUGGCGUGGAAGACAAGGUGCCGAGGUGACAUGUUUAAUGGUGGUCCCUCGGGAUGGCAUAUAUGCCAAGGACAUGUUUUGAACGGCUCGGGGUACGAGGACCUUGGCAUCGAGGACACGUGUCAACACAGUGAUGCUUUGGGAGUUGUCAAUGCAUGGAGCGUCUGGGGUGUAGUACAUCCAGGACACGUGUCACUCUUAGGAAGCUCCGAGGGGACCUAUGCCAAGGACAAGUGUCAAACCAAGGAGGUUACAUGA